AUGCCUGGCUCUAAAGAAUUAAAUAAUCAGCUGGUCAGCAGAUUCUGUGAGUUCUUCAGUGAAUUAAGGGAAUCAAUUGCGAGGGGUUGUGAAUAUGAAAGUUUCUCAGAAAGUGAUCCUAAACACUUAGUUCAGCUGGCAAAUGGUUCUAAGUAUCAACUAGAGAUUGACAAAAAAUAUGUAGAUAAGCUUGAGAAACUGUUAGUUAUACCUGAAUCUAAAUAUACAACGGGCUCAGAGGGUGGAGAGGACUACUAUGAUGCGUUUGAUUUUGGCGACCAACUAACUAUUUAUGAUAAGUUCAAAGUCGGGUCCAAACUUGUUCAUCAGACUGAAGAUGGUUUGAAGAAAGAGAGAGAGAUUUUUGCAGCACUCAGCAAAAAUCCUGAACCUGCGAAGAAUAUAGUUAAAUCUGAUCAUCCUCUGCAAAGAACUACAACAGAAGAUGAUUAUAAAAAAGAAGAAAGCAACAGAAUUGCAGACCCUGAGACAAUUGAAGUUGGGCACGUAGGAAGUAUUUAUGACAAGUUUAAAGUUGAUUCUAAGUUAAUUCAUGAAACUGCAAACCACCUUGUAGACCCAGGUGAAGUAGAUAAUAAAGAUGAUAAAGAAGAAGAUGAUGAUGAUUCUGAAGACGACGAUGAAAACAUUAACGACAAUGAAGAAGAGUAUGACAGUUACAAAGAUGUGGGAGCUCUGGACUAUAAAGACAAUGAGCCAUCAAUAAAGAAAAAGUUUGGACAAGAAGAGAAGCAGACGGAUAUCUACAGUAAAUACAAUGUGGAUUCAAAACUAAAUCAUGAGAUAAAAGAUGCAUCUGAUAAAAGUGAAAACGAAAAAGAAAAAGAAGUUACAAAAAAGUUGAAGACUGUCGGCGACAUUUCAGAUAUUGCUGGGGACUAUAAGGACAAUGAGCCAUCAAUUAAGAAACAAUUAGAACAAGAAGUGAGGAGUAAGGUUGAUAUUUACAGUAAAUAUAAUGUUGACUCCAAGCUGAAACAUGAAACACAAGAUGCAGCACAUAAAAAGGAAAAACAAGAAGAACCUACUGAAAACUUAAACACCAAUAAAUUUGGUCAUGAUGAUAUGGCAUCUUUAGAUCUAGAUGCUUACAUGGCGACACAAUCUAAAUCUUUAGAAAGAAUCAAGAAAGUCGUUGGAAAUAGUGAAACAGAAUCCAUACUGAAAUCAAUUGUUAGAGUUGUGAAGGAAGAAAAUGAUAAACAGUACGCAGCUGAUCCAUCCAAACUUCAAAGUGCUGCUAAAGAGCAGCAAACUAAAAACGAAAUCAAGAAAUGGUUCUCCAAAUUUUUAAAAUAUUCAGUUGAAAAUAUUGAAGUAGCAGAGAAAAAAAUAACUGAAGAAAUGAAGAAAAGCACUCCUGGGACUAAAGACGAGAAAGAGAAAGAAAAGCAGAUCAAAAUCAAGAAAAUUGUAGAUGAUAAACUUGCCAAAUUUUUGUACGUUUUGAAAUUGUGAUAUCAAAUAAUAUUAACUUAUUUGAAAUAACUUUAAAAAAUAACACUUUUUUAACCGAGAAUAAAAUAAUAUGAUUA